AGAGAGAGGGUGAGGGAGUGAGAGAGGGAGGGAGAUAAAGGGGGAGGGAGGCCUGCAGCGCGUCUCGACUAACUUGCUCGGCAAGAAGCUCGCUCCUCCUCCUCCUGCUACCGCCUCCUCGCAUCCUCCCACCGGCAGCAGCAUCAUCACCAUCAUCAGCAUCACCGCACGUCCCCCCCCAGCUCUCACCCCCCCGCAAUUCAACCAGCGGCGGCUGGAUGCAGGACGUAGCGAACAGGCAGCGGGAUAAGACCCACCACCACCUCAUCACCACCUCCUCCUCCUCCUCCUCAUCACCACCUCAUCACCACCACUACCACCAACCACAACGAUCCUCGUCAAGCCGUCGUCAUCGCAGAAGGAAUCGUUUCGGAUUUGGAGACGCGGUCUCCAUCUCGCCCGGCUGGCUCCAUGACCGCGCUCCGUUCUGGUUCCUCCACACGGGAAUGCGAGCGGUCUAAUCCGGGGUAGCGACCUCUUGCUCUCUCCACUGCUGGAUUGAGGAGAUCUUGAGCAGCGUGGAAGUGGGUACGCGGAGACCAAGAAUCACGCAGAGACCAAGAAUCGUCGGAUCGGCUCCCCCGACGGUGGACCCCGCGGUGCCCCGGUCGAUGUCAGGAUCGGCCGAGCCCCUCGCUUGGGCGCUGCUCUCCACGCUGCUGCCCAUGGCAGGGGCAGGGGCGCACGCCGCCAGUGGGGGGCAGCCGGGAGGCGGCAACCCCAACGCCCAGCACGCGUUCCUGGGCGCCCCGGAAGCGAACUCGUACCUGUCACGUCGGCUGCGCGCCAACAACUGGGACUUUGAGCUGUUCCAGCCGGACAACUUGGAGCGUGAGUGCAACGAGGAGCUCUGCAGCUACGAGGAGGCGCGAGAGAUAUUCGAGGACGACGCCAAGACGAACGCCUUCUGGAAAACGUAUAUGAAUCCGGCAUCUGCAGGGAACUCCGGCCUCAACAUCCCGGGCCUGCUGGCCGGCGUGAUCGCGGCCGUCGUGCUGCUCAUCUUCAUCGGCCUCGUCUUCGCCUACUGCUGCAAGUACCGGAGGAAACCGCGCGCCGACACUAGGAGCAACGACGAUCUGGAGAUGAGCGGAGAGCCGAGGGCGCCGCCGCCCCCCGACCGCGAGGAUCCGGCCAUGAUGAUGGCGGCGCCCGACCAGCUGCUGGGGCUGCCCUCCUACGACCAGGCCAUGGAGGUGUCGGGGCAGUACGAUGGCCCACCGCCACCGUACACGGGCGCUCCCCGCACCCCAGAAGCUCCCGGCACGAGGAGAGAAACGUCGGACCUCAUGCCCAGCGACACGCGGAGGAAUUCGCGGCGAGGAUCAAGGAGGGGGACUGCCAGGAGGGACGUAUGAGCCCCGGCAACUCGCCCCCUCCCCCGCCACGAGGACUCCGGGGAUUUGUUUGCGGUCGUGGUUGAAUCGCCCCACGAUCGAGACAAGACCUGUGACGUGCACACAAGCGUCGUGAUGGUCAUCAACCAGUCAUUCCGCUGCUGGAUGAGGGCCACCUCCGCAAGCACCGCUGACACCACCGCCACCUUGCGACCUCGCGACCUCGCGAUGCAACAAUCCUCCGCCUGAGCACCGGUCACACGAACCGAUUUAACUGCUCCAUCUCCGCAGUGGAUGUCCUCACACGCACACAUGCACACACGCACGCGCGCACGGCGACGUUGGCGAGUUUAGAGUGGGCACCGACGGACGGACGGAUGGACGAGGCGUUGCGCCGGGCCUUGAUGUAGAGACCCGAGUCUCGGCGCGGGGCGACGGACCGUGCAGCUUCCCUCCCGGCCUAACCGGUCGGCACGCUCGGCGCUCCGCCGCCUCCAUCAGAUUUGCAUCGCGGUGAGAGGGCCCCACUGCCAGCUUGUUUUGAGGCGGGAGUGGAAUGCCAGACGCACAAGGAAACGGACCGACGCUCUGCAAAAGCGAAAUACAAAAAUACUACCAACGGCAGCAGAGAAAGGUGCGGCCCUGCAAUUUGCUUUACGACGUCACUGCAAGCCGAUAGGCAACCGGAGGAAGCUUGAGUCGUUCCAGAGGGUGUUUUGGCCUAGUCUUCCCCGCUGGAAGAGGUUCCAGUACCCACACUUUACCCCACCGCAAUGCGGCCUACCGAUACACUUGACUGUGAACCCAUCUUUGCUACUGGUUGGACGCAGGCAGUGGGGGGGGGGUAUUUAAGAAACUCGCACCGUUGUUUGAAUCGCCGCGCCGAGAGAUAAAAACGAACCGGCGAACUCGGCACGGUGCAUCCCGACCCUUGCACCUCCUCGGGCAGCGACAUAAAAAUACUGGGCAGGGAUGGACUAAGUGUGGGGGGGGGGGGUGGUUGUGGGAACGGGAACUGGGCAGUCUGGUGACACGGCUACCGAGAAGCUGGCGCCAAGGUGACUUUCCGGCGGUUUCCGGCAAGAUAACUGUGGCUGCUGCUGCUGAUGUUUGUCGCCUGGGAAGUUGAGCUUCACCGCUGGGUGAGAUAAGAACUGCACGAAGCCGAUUGUGCACAAUUAGCGCACCCUGGCGGACAGAUAAACCUCACGGUUUGUUUUUUAAAAUCACCUUGGAGUCCACUUAUUAUCUGACGAUUGUUUUAUCAGUUCACGAGGAUUAUUAUACAGUUUUGCAAUUAUUUUAUGAAUAGUAUGACGUGCGUAAUUUACACUGCAGAAUUUUAACUAGAUUUAAUAAAGUGAGUUCUACAUCACGCGGAGCGACCUGGAGUGAGAUGAAAUCCAUCGAGCGCCGCACGCACAGUCCGAGCGCAGGAGCGACGCGCACGUCUCGCAUCCACCGCUGGAUGACAGCCUUCCCACACCGUGUGGGUCAGUUGACCAACUUCUCCGUGUUGGUCAGCGCAGAUUUGUUAGUAAAGGCGGUGGAUGGACCUGGCAGAAUAGAACCGCAGUACGAUGGAUUGUACUUCACAGGCCAUGGCACGUUUGCGCAUGGCGAUUUAUAUUAUGCACAAACGACGCAAAUUAUUAGGGUGGAUUUCAUACAUGUUGAACCCUUAUCCUUGCCAAUGACAUCUGGCAGUUAAGCAUUAUUUCACGCAAGUUUGAUUGCUGGUGACAUGAUGUACUUGAGUGUUGAACCUGGAUCAGAGUGUUGCUUGUACUGGCCUUAGUACUGCUGAGAUAAUGCACGACCAGAGGGCUGAUGGGUUGUGUACAAAUCACUGUUUUUUUGUUUUUAAAUUGGAAAGACGUAUAUAUGAAGGAGACAAUGUCCGAUCUAUUUUAUUUAUUUCUUUACAAUGACCCUCACGGUUUUUUUGGGGGGAUGUGUGGUGUUCACUCAUUCAAGUGCAACCCAGGCUCACCCCUGCUUCGCUUGACAGGGCCGGGUGCAUUCUGGGCGAUUUGGUCAUGAGUACCACAGCAACAAUGGACAUACAAAAAAAAUUCCACUUACAAAAUCCAUCGACUUAAUUUAAUAGUGAAACAAUCUCAUCCACAUCACAGAAUUAUCACGUAAAAAAAAUAAUUUUAUAAACAUUUGGUAAAAAAUACAA